GCGGCGCUGCUCGACUCUGCAGCACAUUUUAACUGGACGCGACGCCUAAAACGCUUCUUUGACGUUUCACUGGUUUAAAAAAAAAAUACACCGACAAUAGAGCAAAGAGUCCAAGCUCGAAGUUCAAAGUUGAGGGCCAUGGCUCGUGGGCAGCAGAAGAUUCAGUCUCAGCAGAAGAACGCAAAGAAGGCAGCGGAGAAGAAGAAGGGCACGGCUGCUGACCAGAAGACUGCAGCCAAGGCGGCGCUGGUCCACACCUGUCCGGUCUGCAGGACACAAAUGCCCGACCCCAAAACCUUCAAGCAGCACUUUGAGAGCAAACACCCCAAGUCCCCGAUGCCCCCUGAGCUGGCUGAUGUUCAGGCAUGAAGAACAAGCGCGGACUGGACCUGAUAAACACCGACCACGGACUAAACCUGAAAGAUGACGACUGGCACCCGUCGGCGUUCAUGGACGUGCUGUGUAAGAGAACAUCAAUGACGGGGCACCUAGUACACCAGCACCCCAUUUUUUAUAUUUAUUAUGUACAACUACCUUGCUAUUCCACAUGGGGGAGGGGACCUGCCUGAAAAAGGACAACUAUUUUUGAAUAUGUGGUCAACUAGAGAUAGAUUUCACAUUUAAAACCAACUUUAUACAAACGAUGACUAAAGUGUGCGCACAUAGUUCUGUUUGUCGAUCUAUUUAAUGAGUGCAUAUCCUGCAUUGGACAGACAUGUUGUGUAAUGUUACAAGUCGUGAGAUAUUUAAUGUUUAGUUUGCUAACGUUCUGGAUGGCCGGGGCAAAAUGUCACUUAUAUAACCAAAAUGUGCAUGCAUAUCUUUGAUAACGUUGGCUGUAAAAGGGUUUGACAAGGGACUCAACAGCCGAGUGAUCACUUUCACUUGUAGAGGUAAUCAUCAGGGCAAACCCUCUAUAGAAAAAUACCAUCCAAAAAGACUCGACAGCUUUGCAGGUGUGCAUCAGUACCUCACGUUAAAGAAACCCCAAAUGAUUCUAAAUCAUCCUUCAAUGAAACUGAAGACUUGGUUUUUAGUUAUUGGCCCUGAUGAUUAAUCCCCUUUUCGGUCACUUGCAGAUAAACACAUUUGCUGUUUUUUUUUUAAACCAUUUUCAAUAAAUGAAACAAUGUAUAUUA